GUCAGUCUCACUGCAGUCCCAUCUGACAACAUGGCAUUCAAGGUAUUUGCUCUGGCCGCCCUUGUGGUCGUCACAAUCGCCCGUCCAGAUAACCCGCCCACAUAUGCUUACUCCGCUCCCACACCCUCUUACGCACCUGCCAAGUACGACUUCAACUACGCCGUAAAUGACCAAUCAUCUGGCAACGACUUCGGGCAUGAGGAAGCCCGUGAUGGCGACCACACACAGGGAUCCUACUACGUCCUUCUUCCCGACGGUCGUCUGCAGAGGGUCACCUACACUGUGAAUGGAGACUCCGGUUAUGUGGCCGAUGUCACCUACGAGGGACAGGCUCAGUACUCUACCCCACAGGCUUCCUAUGGUCCUCCUCAGCCUUCCUACAAGCCACCCACCCCCUCCUAUGCUUAAAAUAUGUUAGUCCGGAUAGUUAUCGGUCAUGUUUUCCAAGAAUAUUUAUUGCUCGUAAAUAUUUAUAUAUAUAAUAAAAUAGCAAACUCAA